AAAUUACAUUUAUAGGGGUGGAUCCCAAAAUAAAUCGAUAAAUUAAGUUUGUUGUGAAAAAAUAUUUUAUAGAUAAAACGAUAAGUUGCAUAUUGUUUUUAAAUGUGUGCAUGCUCAUCUCCUCUUCCGACAAAUAUGUGAUUGCUACGUACAUUUUUGCACUUUUAAUGUCAUGAUAUAUAGCCAUUGUUUCCUCAUUAUCGUAGUUCAACUGUCUAACCACAUCAGAACCCAAAGUAUACGCUUGUUGUUCUCUGUGUUUAAACCAUUUGUAAUUGUAAACUAACACUGUAUAGCCUCAACAUGGCUUAAAGUAUAAUUGUAUAUAAUAGAUGUUCCCUCCUUGCAUAGGCAGUUCUGUCUAUGAAUUUUGUUCAGCCCCAUCCCGCAGUUGUUUAUCGAAACAGUGGCGGGGCAAAUUCGUUGUUAUUGUUUGGACUGCAGAUUGCCCUUCAAAUGGGAUUCGGUAAUUGAGAGUCGCAAGAACGCCACAGAAAGAACACACGUUUUUAUUUUUCUACCUUCGCGCCACAUGACAUGCGUGUUGGAGUCUGAGACAGUUUUAUAAUCGUUUGGUGAAAUGGUAUCUUUGAGAGCUGACAGGGGGAUAACCUCACCUGUAACCGUGCGACCACUGUGGCCCCUCGAUGGUUGUGGUUUGUGUUGUACGGAAUUGAAGCGUGACAGAAAUCCUCAACUUCUACCAUGCCUACAUUCUGUGUGUCAGGGGUGUGUUCCCCUAAGUGAUUUCAAGACAGAAUGUCCGGUCUGUGGAAGGCAAUACACUUCUUCCGAAAUCAUUGACAAUCCUUUCCUCCCUAGCUUCACCACUGACUCAAAACCCUGGUGUGGGGGUUGUGAUGAGCCUGUGGUCUGUGGCUGGUGUGUAGAAUGUGGCGAAACCGCUCUGCUCUGACUGUGUGGCAGCCUACAAGAGGGUGAAGUUAACACGCAACUAUAAUGUCCUACCCCAAUUACCUCCAGGUACCAAUUUGCCCAGGACGCUUUACCAGAGCAGAGGAAAUGCUUACAGUAUCUAAUCGAGACUGUGAGGAUGCAGAGAGGGACUGUGCAACAGAACCUACAGGACCUGGAUGGACGGAUCACUGUUGGAAGGAGAGUGAGUGUGUCACAGAGAGACAGGCCCAUCUUAGGAAGCUGGGGGAGAGGCAGAAAUAUGUGCUGGCCUUCACGGAGAAAGCCCUGAAGAGUGAGGAUCACACCUCGCUGCUAUCCUGCAAAAGAUGGGUAGAUAAAAAGUCCAAUCUAAGAUCAAAGAUCCACUCUGAGCUGCAAGGCGUUCUAGGCAAAAACCCUAGUGCAGUGUCUACAAUGAAGGAGCUGAAGCUCCAUUGUGGCCAGGACAUCCACCCAACCCUUGGAUGUUUUGGGGAAAUUGUGACUAAGGAGGUCCCGUUUGCUCGGCUAAAUCUGAGAAAGACUCAAAUCAAUCCUCCCCAAUCUUCUCUGGAACAGCAGAGAAAUGGCAGAGCAUCCUCAACAUUGUCACCUUCAUCCCAGGAAACCUCCAGUAUGUCAGCGGGAAAUGCUCCCCUCUCCCAAUGUCAACCAACACUAAUGCGCUUGCUUUCCUGCCCCCGGUCCUCCCCCUAUCCCCAUGAACCAGAGAGACUGUCAUUUUACCACUUUUCCCCUGACUCUCGCGGACCCUCUUUACAGGCACUAUCCUCUUCCCGCUCUGACAGCCCUCUGCCCUUGUCCUCUACGUCUGCUGGGAAUGCAACAGGUCCCCAGCAAUGUGCUGUAAACACGGAAAACAAAGACUGCUCGUCAUUAUCAGGGAUUGCACUGGACACCCCUGUCCCAUAUCAUGGGUAUCAGGGUGGCUCCUCAAAGUCUGACCUGAUGGUGGAACUUGUUUCCCGGGCCUUUCAUGUCAAAAGGAAAGCAGGGGAUGAAAAUGUGGGUCCUCAAAUUAAACAAAGUUGUUUGCAGCCCUUGACGGUACCAGCGGACUCCUCCUGUGAGCGGGUUCCCCCUAUAGGUACUGAAAAGCAGGCUGGGGAUGUGGCUGCUACCGUUGUCAUAGAAAGAGAAGCUACACCCAACAUUACGGACCAGAAUGCAACGGUUCCAGUGUGUGGACAAGAAGCUACUAAGGCUUCAGGCAGCCGUCAAUCAAAUCUGGUUGUUGGCAGGAGUGUGAAGACGGCCAAUCAGGUGGUUUUAGCUCCCUUCACACUCCCUGUCACCGGGAACUCCGUCACUUGGGGCAUGUCACCAGCUAAUGCCACUCUUGUUCCUGGUACUGUGAACAUUCCCCCCAGCUUUGGAUGUGUAAGGGCUGUCCCCCCAUACUUGGUUUUGUCCAACAGCGCUCCAGUUUCUGGUCCCACUGGCGCUGUGGGCAGGCUUGACAAUGGAAGCCUGGUCUUCAUUUGUAAUGCCGAGCCCUUUUUCAACAUCUUGAGCCAUGUUAGAGGAGGUCAAAACCAAGUGCUAGCUGGUUCUGUCCCAGGAGGACUCUGCCCACCAUGUCUGCCAGACCCCACCUCUCCAAAGAGCCCUAUGGAAGCUCCUCAGUCCCAGUCCACUGGUCCAAUAUAUCCAAUCAGAAUUUUUCAACGGGUAAAGAAUAUUUCAACAGUCCAGGACACCAAGCAGCCCACCCAGAAUGGCACUGCUCAGUCAGGAUUGUGCAGAAAGGAUGAAGCCGCCUCUACUCUCCUCGUACACACCGCUAAUGCCCAGGCAGACUCUGUACAAAUGGACAUUUCCAAGUCAGACGUUGACCUCAUCCAGGCAGACCCAAAUCCAACAGUCUUUGUCAUGGAAAAAUCCACGGAGAUAGACAUUGUCCAUAAUAAAACUGCCCAGCCAGACUUUGUCCAGAAUGAGACCAGCCAGGCCGAACUUGUCUAG